UGGCUGAUGCAAUAUUAUUUGAAAACAUGAAACAUAGAAAUCACUCUUUCUUCUCAACUAAUUUGAUAUGAUUGAUUAUGAAAGUAAAGAAAAAUGCCUCAAGUAGGCUAUGUUGUAUUGUUUUAAUAAACAUAACAAUAUUUGAGCAAAAAGUUCAUAAAAUUAUAUUGAUACACAUAACUUUUAAACGCCAAAUCCUACAAAAAUAUACUCACAAAGCCAGUUCACUAAUUCUAAUUAGUUUCUAGAUUGUCUGAUAGGUUAUGUCAGAAAUUGAAUGAAAAAAAAAAUGUUUAAGGUCACUAAAAAGCCUCGCCUUAAGUGCCCAAUAUGUAGAAAAAUGUUUUCAACUCUAUCAACAAUGAAGUGUCAUAUAUAUUUACACACAGAUGAGCGUCCCUUUAGAUGUUUGACAUGUGAGAAAACAUUUACUAGUCUAAUUCAAGUAAAGAAUCAUUUGUUGACUCAUUCUGAUAAGCGUCCUUAUAAGUGCACUACAUGUGGAAAAUCAUUCCAAACCAAAAUAAAUAUGAAGAGACAUACAUUAGUACACACAGGAGAGAGGCCUCAUAAGUGCACUAUAUGUGGAAAAUCAUUCCAAACCAGUGGCAGUAUGAAGAUGCAUACAUUAGUACACACCGGAGAGAGACCUCAUAAGUGCACUACAUGUGGAAAAUCAUUCCAAACCAAAAUGGAUAUGAAGAGACAUACAUUAGUACACUCCGGAGAGCGACCUCAUAAGUGCACUACAUGUGGAAAAUCAUUCCAAACCAGUGGCAAUAUGAAGAUGCAUACAUUAGUACACACCAGAGAGAGACCUUAUAAGUGCACUAUAUGUGGAAAAUCAUUCCAAACCAGUGGCAAUAUGAAGAUGCAUACAUUAGUACACACCGGAGAGCGACCUCAUAAGUGCACUACAUGUGGAAAAUCAUUCCAAACCAAAGAGCAUAUGAAGAGACAUACAUUAGUACACACCGGAGAGAGACCUCAUAAGUGUACUACAUGUGGAAAAUCCUUCCAAACCAGGAGCAGUAUGGAGAUUCAUACAUUAGUACACACCGGAGAGAGACCUCAUAAGUGUACUACAUGUGGAAAAUCCUUCCAAACCAAAAAGAAUAUCAACAGUCACACAUUAGUACACACCGGAGAGAGACCUCAUAAGUGUACUACAUGUGGAAAAUCAUUCCAAACCAGGAGCAGUAUGAAGAGACAUACAUUAGUACACACCGGAGAGAGACCACAAAGUGCACUUCAUGUGGAAAAUCCUUCACAACCAACAGGAAAAUGAAGUAACAUACAGUAGUACACUCUGGAGAAAGACCUCAUAACUGCACUACAUGUGGCAAAUCCUUCCAAACCAGGAGCAGUAUGAAGAUUCAUACAUUAGUACACACCGGAGAGAGACCUCAUAGAUGCACUACAUGUGGAAAAUCCUUUCAAACCAGUGGCAGUAUGAAGGAACAUACAUUAGUACACACAGGAGAGAGACCUCAUAGAUGCUCUACAUGUGGAAAAUCCUUCCAAACCAGGAGUAGUAUGAAGAAACAUACAUUAGUACACACCGGAGAGAGACCUCAUAACUGUACUACAUGUGGAAAAUCAUUCAAAACCAGGGGCCAUAUGAAGAAACAUACAUUAGUACACACCGGAGAGAGACCACAUAAGUGCACUGCAUGUGGAAAAUCCUUUACAACCAUUUACCAUAUGAAGAGACAUACAUUAGUACACACAGGAGAGAGACCACAAAGUGCACUUCAUGUGUAAAAUCCUUCACAACCAGUGGCAGUAUGAAGAGACAUUCAUUAGUACACACUGGAGAGAGACCACAAAGUGCACUACAUGUGGAAAAUCCUUCACAACCAACAGGAAAAUGAAGUAACAUACAUUAGUACACACCGGAGAGUGACCGCUUAAGCACUACAUGUGGAAAAUCCUUCACAACACAACCAGUAGCCAAAUUAAGAAACAUACGUUAGUACACACCAGAGAGAGACUUCUUAAGUGCACUACAUGUAGAAAAUCCUUCACAACACAACCAGUAACCAAAUGAAGAAACAUACAUUAGUACACACUGGAGAGACACCACAAAGUGCACUACAUGUGGAAAAUCCUUCACAAUCAACAGGAAAAUGAAGAAACAUACAUCAGUACACACUGGAGAGAGACCACAUAAGUGCACUACAUGUGGAAAAUCAUUCAAAAGCAGUUGCAGUAUGAAGAGACAUUCAUUAGUACACUCUGGAGAGAGAGCACAAAGUGCACUACAUGUGGAAAAUCCUUCACAACCAACAGGAAAAUGAAGAAACAUACAUUAGUACACACCGGAGAGUGACCGCAUAAGCACUACAUGUGGAAAAUCCUUCACAACACAACCAGUAGCCAAAUGAAGAAACAUACAUUAGUACACACCGGAGAGAGACCUCAUAAGCACUACAUGUGGAAAAUCCUUCACAACACAACCAGUAUCCAUAAGAAGAAACAUACAUUAGUACACACCGGAGAGAGACCUCAUAAGUGUACUACAUGUGGAAAAUCCUUUACAACCAGUGGCAAUAUGAAGAAACAUACGUUAGUACACACCGGAGAGAGACCACAAAGUGCACUUCAUGUGGAAAAUCCUUAACAACCAAAAGGAAAAUGAAGAAACAUUCAUUUACACAGGAGAGUUAUCCCAUAAGUGUACUGAAUGAAGAAAUUCCUUUGCAUACCAAAACUAUAUAAAGAAACGUUCGUUAGUUCAUACUAGAGAGCAAUCUAAAAGCAGACCGGUAGUUAGUAUGUGACUAGUGUACCUGAUGCUCAAUUUCGAGCAAUUGCGAAGUAUAACAGGCGUUAUUUUAAAACCAAUAACAGUCAUAAUUUCUGAUGACUUUAAAAUAGGCGGCUCAAAGAUUAUGGAAAUACUCACGGUGUACAUAACAGUUCAAUAUAAUCAACAUUUCUUGCAUAUAUAUUAUCAUUUUUCAAAAGCUGAUCUGAUUUUUUAGUGUUUUCUACAAAUGUUCCCAUUUUAUAGCCGCAUUAAGCUGUCCAUAAUACAAAUUCUAAAAAAAAAAACAUUAUUUCUAUUCCUUCUACUUGGUGGUAUUCUAUGACUCUCCUAUGUUUCGAUAGUUUGCAAAUCGGCUCUUUCAAUGAUUGCUCAAAAUACCCCCACUGCAGGAAACCUGCCGACUAAGCGAAUUUCUAUUUGCAUGGAUUGAUAUUCAAUUAAUCGAUUAAAAUAAAAUUUAUGUUUAACGAGUACCUAGGUUAGCUGUUACAGGGAAACUAAUAAACUAAUAAAAAUAUCAAUAGCUUAGUAUGAAAUAAAUAAAUCCGCAAAGUUUGAUCAAAAUAUAUCCAUAAACAAGCCAACUACAACAUUUUACAGUAUUCUCCAUAUGAAUAAUAUGGGAAUUUUAAAUUAAUAAUUUGUUAUUUUUCUUGGUAACCAAUCACCGUACAAAAACACUUUGAUAUACUAAAUUAUUUGUUUUUUUUAAGCUCUUUAAUGAGGUCUGGAGAAAAAUUGAUAAAUUUUGUGUUUUAAGGGUAAAAAAUUAGAAAAGCCCAUUUUUACCCCAAGUAAAACCCCCCGUUAAACCUGGUUCCCAUGGUCCGAUCAUACUGGCUCGCGAACUCAUUCAAGUUUAUUCCGCCUUACACCUUCAAACCAAAUGUUAUCAAAAUCGGACAAAACUUACUCAAGUUAUCGUCAAAAACUGAAUUCAGGCAUCACCUAAAAUACCAUGGACAUAUUUUAAUGAAAUUUUGUUAACUUCAUACUAAGCUAUCGAUAUUUCAAUAAAAAAACCCCUAUUUUCUUCCCUGUAGCAGCAAACCUAAGUACUCGUUUAAAUUUAUGAUAUUUAAAUAGGAAAUAAAUCUGACAAUUUUAAGGGAAUAAUUUAGUGGAAUUCCACUCACCUAGAUAAAAAUUGGCUUAGUCUGCAGGUUUGCUGCGGCGGGGGUAUUGUGUUUUCAUAUUAUGUUUAAUUAAUAUUUGUACUUUUCUAAGAUGCCUUGAAGAGAUCGUGCACGCAAUGAAAAUAAUAGGGAUAUGAUGAAAAAAAUUGUUUUCACCCUUAUAAACUAUGUAGAUAUUAAAUAUAUAAUGGAUUUUGAAGUCACAAAGUGACCUAGGUUGCUAGUACAGUAGACUCCCUCUUAUCCGGACUCCUCGGGAUCAAGGCCAGUCCGGAUAAAAUUUUUUCCAGUUAAACUGACGUCCCCAAAAAUUAGUUAAAACGGACCGUCUUAAUGCAUACUGUAUACAGUAUUUGACUGAAAUUUAGGAGAGCAUUGUAUUUAGACACGCGAUCACUGGUCUCAAAUCUUUCCCACGAGAACAGUCGUUUCAGUACCGCCCACUUCCUGCUGAUCUAGUUAAACCGAUAUGCUGAUAAAAAUUGUCCGGUUAAAGAGAUGUCAUUUCCGCCAAAUGUAGUCCGGUUAAACCGAUGUCCGGUUAAAAGGUGUCCGGAUAAGAAGGAGUCUAUACUUAGAAAUAAUAAUAUAAAGUAAAACAUGGCAAAUAUACAAAACUUCAUUGUUCAUUUCAUGUUGUUUUACAAUGCUUAGUUGUAUCUUUGACUAUCAAUAUAACUUCAGUAUCCAAUAGUCAAUGUUUGUAUCAAAGGUUGUAUCUAAGACUGUUUAUUUCUUUAGAUAAAUUGUUAUUCUUAUAUACAUAUGACAACUGAGAACUUUAAUGUAAUGCAGAGCGUCAAGGUUCUUUCCAGAGCUAUUAUGUUAUUAUUGUGCAUUGCCUUAAUCCAGAAAACCCACUUAUGUCAAGCAUUUGUUAGGUUUUUAAUUGUAUGUCCAUUUUUAAGAAUAUAUUGUAGUAUUUUUAUGUGUUAAAUUGUCCUCCUACUUAGUACCUAGACCGGUUAUUACAGCAGUUCAUUAAAACUCAUCAUCUGUACAGGUUAUAUAAAAAUGUAUGUAGUGUGGAUUUAUCAAUUUUACUGUAAUAUAUUUUAUUGAUAACAUGAGGUGGAUUUAUGUAUUGAGUCCACAUAAAAUCUUGAAUUAGGAUAAACCUACAAUAUAAAUUACAUAUCUCGCAUAAUCAAACUUAUAUAUUGAUUUUUAAAUGUUUGUUAAUUUUUAUACAAGUAGUAAAAAUAAAAAGGUAUGAACUG